GUUCGUAUGGUGAAUGCUCGACAUUGAUACAUAUAUCAGCUCCUUCCACUCUUGUUUACUCUUCUGUUCGCCUUUGAUUUUUUCCUCUCGCUAAUCAUAUUCAGUCCAAAAUACAAAAGACAGAAAAGCUGCCACAGAAAUAAUAGAAGACCAAAAAGCUAAAGUUAGAGGAAUCAAAAUCUUCGAGUCGCAAAACCAGCCGCCAUCCAGCAGCAGUCAAAGACGGCACAAGUACACAUUUCGGUGCUGCAAAAAUAUUGAAAUGAUCUCAUAAAAAGAUUCGCAAAACAGCUUGCAAAAGCCAAGCAAGCAAAAAUUUAAGAUUAUCACAGAAAUCUAACUUUCUUCGCUUUCUCGCGGGCGAUGUGGUUUAUUAUGUAAUACAUCACUAACUGCUUCGAAACGAAACAAAAAAUUUUUAUUCACAAAUUCAAUUAAUGCGUUAAGCGAAUAUCAGUGGAAAUGAAAUACUUAAAAAGUAUAAACAUAAAAGUAAAUAUUAUUUAAUUGGGAGAAAUAUCAUUGAUAACAGUAAAGACAGAAUAAACAUCCAAAUUGUCCGGGGGUGAAUUAAAUGAAAUAAAAUGGCGCGAUCAGGAGGAAACAUUAUGCAGCUAGGAGCGAUCACUAUGUGGCUUAUUUUUAUUACAUUAACAUUUGGAAUAUCUAUUGGAACAGAUCUACCAGAUUGUAAAGAAGUACAAUGUCCACUCGUAGAGACUAUCAAGUGUCCACCAGACAGCAACGCUCGCAUCAUACAACCCCAUUUGGUGGUUGCUAAUGGAAGUGAAACUAGCAAUGUAAAUAAUUCGUCACAGACGAACCUCAGAAGACGCCGUGAUCUCGCCGCACAGGCUGUAAAUAUAACUACAGAUACUCCAACCACAGAUGGGGUUCCCACUGUACAACCGACAACCGAAGAUGCAGCUGCAACUCAUGGACUGGAUGUUGCAACAAACUCGGUGGAUCUUCCACUUAUUAGUCAAGAUGUUCCUGAACGUAAUCUUACUGAGCAAUGUUGCCCCACAGCUGAGUGCGUUUGCAAUGAAAUUUGCCACAUCCCAUCCUGCUUCAACGCUUCCCUGGUCCUUAUUGAAACCAAGCCACGAUCAAACAUACCUGGAGAGUGCUGUGCGGAAUACACUUGCGGUUUUGAGCCCAACUGCGCGCAGGUCAUCAACACCAAUGGGUCAUGGCUUAUCGAUUGCCAGGUCUGUGAAUGCGUCGCUGGUCAAAGGAUUUGCCAUCGAUCAUGUGAUGAAAUUCGCCCCGGUCCAGCUAAUUGCCUUUCGCAAACUCUAAAAAGGUCAUUUUCAAACGGCGAGUCCUGGAAGGAAGACGAGUGUACCACGUGCGAAUGCGUAAGUGGGGAGAAGAAAUGCCUGACGAGCUUCUGCAAGGCCCUGAAUUGUCCGAACAAAGUGAAGCUCACCGGUGAAUGCUGUCCGAUGUGCGUUGAUGUAGAACCUGUGCCUGAAGUGGUGAGCACAUCUUCUCCAACUACCCCAUUGCCAACUAUUACCGAGGGAGUAUCACCAGUGGUGCCGCCUUGUGCCAAUCAGGACGAAAGGAUCGUUCAUGUUGUCGAGUCAAAGAACGAAAAUUGCAUUCUAUAUGCAAUUAUUGCGUUCCUGGCGCUGAUUGCCAUGAUUUUCAUCGGGUUAUAUUACCAUGAGCGGUCCAAACAACGAUCAUACCGGCCCGUACCGGUUUUCGAUUCGAACUUCAAUAAAAUUAAGUCGAAUAUAUCGUCGUAGGUUUAAGGAUAAUCUGAAAGUGAAAAAUGAUUCAGGUAUUUUCAAAGUAAUCUUGUUUGAAUUUUCUCUUUUGUUUAAAACAAUCAAUAAAAAGGUUUGUUAGCCUCUCAAAGAACAGAUUCAGAUUCAUUAACACUAUGCAUCGAAAGUGAAAUCUAAAACUAAACCAACUUUGAAAAAAAUAUUGAAAGAUUGCUGGAAGAGAAUGUCCUGUGCCGUUUCACGAUAAUCUUUUAUUUACAAGUUUAUCUUCUGUUGCAAAUUCGCAAUCACAGGGUCAGUAUUACAUGAGUAUUUGUCAAGUUUGAAGUGAUUGAUUCAUAUCAACUAGAUCUUUGCCACAAAACUAACUUAAAUUUAAAUUUGACAAAUCGUCGGAUAAUUAUUGACCAUAUAAAUAAUAUAUUCAUUUGAAAAAUAUACCUCAUUUCUAUUAUAACGAAAAAAAUUUAAUUUUUCUAUAAGAUUUACUUAUUUUUAUUUAGUAAUUAAAUAACUGAUCAAUAGCAGGAAAAAAUACAUGGUAGCUAUAAGAUGGAUGCUAUUUACUAGAAGCUGUCCUAGCUUAACGGGAAAUAUUUGAUCUUUUAAAACAAAAUAAAAAUAGUCCGCGUUUUUCAAAUUAUUCUGUUUAGCAAUAAUUAAGAUACAAAAUCCAGCUUUUUCCAAAAUUUUGCCUUUUUCAUACAAAAGAAGUAUCAAAAGCAUCAAAACAUUAUUGAAAUAAAUAAAAUAUGAUAAGUCGUUUCAUAAUUUAUUCAUCAAAUAUAUAACACUUUUGCACAGAAUCUAAUUCUGCGCAAUUUUCACAGAAUGCAAUUCUGCGCAAUUUGCACAGAAUAAAAUUCUGUAUAAUGUAUGAACUGCCUUUAAAAUAUAAAUAUCAUAGGAUAAACUUUAGUUUAUAAUAUAACAUUAUUCAACACGAGAUAUACAUACUAAAGUAAAAAUAAUCAAAUUCAAAAUAUUAAGUUAAAAAGAUUUUCAGUUGAAGAUAAAAAUAAAUCACCUUUUCUAGGACAUAAAUUAUAUAAAAAACGGAACUGUUGUGAUAUAUGAAUGUAAGUUAUUUCUUCUUUUAAUUUUAUCCUAUCCAUAAUUAUUAUUAUUAUUAUUUUUUCAAAACUAUAUAAUUACUUUUAAGUUUUAAACGCAUACUACUAGGGUUUAUGCACAUGGAAAGGAAUUAAAUAUUUUAUCAACCAAUUCAAAAGAUAAAACUGAAAAAAGGAAAUGAACAUCUGUAAACUACUAUUAAUAAACUAUCCAGUGAGUUAAGGUGAAAUAUACAUAUGUGUGUUUGUAUUAAUUAAAAAAAUAUACGAUCGUUA